AUGGAGGCGGCAGGGGCGCUCGCUAGCUUGGCACCAUCACCCAUCACAGUGCUUGGUCUGAUACCACUCCUAGCACUAGGAAUUACGUAUUUCAGAUAUCAGCAAUAUGAUCCGGAAUCGUAUAUAUCGGAUGUCAACGUUAUUCUUCCAAUCUACGACUUCGUGGUAGUGGGCGGCGGGUCAGCUGGUGCGGUAGUAGCUUCCCGGCUCUCGGAGGUCGGUAACUGGACAGUGCUGCUACUAGAAGCUGGCUACGAUGAGAACGAGAUAUCCGAUAUCCCAGCGCUGGCUGGCUACACGCAGCUCUCCGAAAUGGACUGGCACUACCAAACCACACCUUCCAACAAUCGCUCUUAUUGCCUCGCCAUGAACGCAGACCGUUGCAAUUGGCCAAGAGGCAAAGUACUUGGUGGAUGCAGUGUCCUCAACGCUAUGGUUUACGUUAGAGGCAACCGUAACGACUACGAUCUCUGGGAGGCUUUGGGUAAUCCAGGUUGGGGAUAUGAUCAAGUGCUACCUUACUUCUUAAAAUCCGAGGAUAACAGGAAUCCAUAUUUAGUGAACACACCGUACCAUAACGCUGGUGGUUUCUUAACUGUACAAGAAGCGCCAUGGCGAACACCACUGUCAAUAGCUUUCCUCAAAGCCGGAAUGGAACUAGGUUAUGAAAAUCGCGAUAUAAAUGGUGCUAAACAGACCGGUUUUAUGUUGACCCAGGCGACUAUGCGACGCGGUAGCCGGUGCAGUACGGCCAAGGCCUUCCUUCGUCCAAUUCGCCAAAGAGAAAACCUUCAUAUUGCUUUAGGCGCUCAUGUGACAAGAAUCUUAAUUAAUCAAGUUAAAAAGCAAGCGUAUGGAGUGGAGUUUGUUCACAAAGGACAAAGACAUAAAGUGCGUAUAAAGAGAGAAGUAAUAAUGUCAGCAGGAGCUUUGGACACCCCUAAAUUAAUGAUGCUGAGUGGCAUCGGCCCAGCUAACCAUUUAAAAGAGCAUGGCAUACCCGUGGUGGCCAACCUUAAAGUAGGUCACAACUUGCAAGAUCACGUAGGCUUGGGUGGUCUCACUUUUCUAGUAAACAAACCUGUUACAUUCAAAAAGGAUCGUUUUCAAACAUUUUCAGUUGCAAUGAACUACAUUUUAUACGAGAAAGGUCCCAUGACCACACAGGGAAUAGAAGGUCUCGCCUUUGUAAACACUAAAUACGCACCACCAUCGGGCAACUGGCCUGAUAUACAGUUUCAUUUCGCUCCCAGUUCAAUCAAUUCCGACGGAGGGGAACAUAUUCGGAAAAUACUAAAUCUACGAGAUCGUGUUUAUAAUACAGUAUACAAGCCAAUAGAAAGUUCUGAAACAUGGUCCAUAUUGCCUCUCUUGUUACGUCCAAAAAGUUCUGGAUGGGUAAAACUAAAAAGUCGGAAUCCAUUCCACCAGCCUUUAAUCGAGCCAAAUUACUUCGCUUAUAAAGAAGACAUUAAAGUACUCACUGAAGGGAUAAAAAUAGCAAUGGCCAUUUCCAAUACUACGGCCUUCCAGAGAUACGGUUCAAAACCUCACAAUAUACCUUUACCAGGGUGCCAGCAUCUACCGCUUUUCAGCGACGAAUAUUGGGAAUGCUGUCUCAAGCAAUUCACAUUUACUAUUUACCAUCCCACGGGCACAUGUAAAAUGGGACCAAAGAACGACCCAGAGGCUGUUGUAGACCCAAGACUGCGAGUUCACGGCGUUGCUAACUUGAGAGUCGUAGAUGCGAGUAUCAUGCCAACAAUUAUAAGUGGUAAUCCUAAUGCUCCUGUCAUUAUGAUAGGUGAAAAGGCGUCCGAUAUGAUUAAAGAAGAUUGGCUUGUAUUAUGA